GGAAGUGUUGAAGCAGUACAUAUGGCGGCUCCAUUUAUCGGCGGAUACCAGAGUAAAACAAAUAACUUUAUUGUUGUUGUUUUCGCAGUUUUUGCGUUCCUUGUGCACGGUGUGUCCGAGGAUGACCCAACUGGAACAUCACUGGUGGCGGGAGAUUCAGUCACUCUUCACACUGGUGUUGAAACAAACCAACAGAACAAAAUUAAAUGGUAUUUUAAUAAUACUCUCAUCGCUCAAAUCAUUGUAAAUCCCAGUCAGAUCUGUACAGAUGUUCGGUGUAAUAAUAGCAUUGAGAGCUUCAGAAACAGACUGAAGCUGGACAAUCAGACUGGAUCUCUGACCAUCAUGAACAUCAGAAACACGGAUGCUGGAGGUUAUAAACUACGCAUCUUCAGCAGCAGCAGACCCCGCGAAAAUGUCUUCAAAGUUUCUGUUAAUGAUGAUUAUACUGCCAAAGAGAAGAGAAAGUUUGUGAAAAGGGGAGAAUCUGUCACUUUAGACACUCAUAUACAAAUUAAAACUACUGAUGUGAUAAAGUGGCAUUUUAAUGACCAUCCUAUUGCUGGAAUCAAUGGACAGGAGAGUUUCAGAGAGGGAUUGAGGUUGGACAAUCAAACUGGAUCUCUGACCAUCAUGAACACCACAGACUCUGGAGAUUAUUAUGUAAAAAUCAUCAUCAGCAGAACCAACAACUUCAAUGUCACCAUCUUAAAGAAUUUCAGCGUUAAUGUCACUGCUCUUUCAGGUUUAUCGUCACUUUUUAAAGCUAUUCUACCAUAUUUUAUGCUGCCUGCUGCUGCUGCUGCUGCUAUUGGCGCUACUACUGUUGGUGUGAUUUACCAUCGCCGCGUUUCAUCCAAAAAGAAUGAGAAGAAAAACAUGACAAAGAUUCUGCAUGCAGCCACAGAAAAAGUUGUCCUACAGAUGGAAAAACAGCCAAACCCAGCUGAUCGGAGAGGAUCUGGGUUUAAUGGCCCAAUCAGCCAAAACAAACAAAAAUACAUUUUUUAAGCAUCAAAGUGCUAUGGAAAUAAUUUAGAGAUCUUUUUUUUUUUCGAUAAAUUUGGAUUUAGGUAUGGGUUUGAGUUAAAGAUUAAUGUUUGUGUUAUUCAAAAAGCUCUGGUAACAUUUGUUCUGAAUUUCAAAUAAGUAAUAUUGUGUGGUUUUAAACAUAAAUACAUGACACUUUAUGUCCAAAAAUGCUUUAAAUAACAGAAUUUUACAGAAUAAAUAAUAGUGUUUUACUUAAACUAGUAUUAACUCCUCUAAAUUGUAUAGACCUUUCUUGGCUGCUGCAUGGAGGGCGCCAUAGUGACCAGCGUCUUCCAGUACAGUGCUAAGAACUUCCGUUUACAGCGUUUAUAACCGGUAUUUUGCGCUCCGAAAAUGGGUUUCAAUAGCGUUUUGAGUGGAUACCGGAGUGUUUUUGUGACACACAACAUUGAAAGGUGUGUGUUAAAGCCGUAAUUAGUCAGAUGUGGAUCAAGCACGUGAGAAAUCGUUCUCCUAGUUUACGUGUCUGCCGUCAGAAAUACGUGUGUGUGUGUGUGUGUGUGUGUGUGUGUGUGUGUUUCCCUGGCCUGUCAGCUGUUAGCUCAGCGGCUCUUCAAUACACACACACACACACGCAAUACUGCAUUAAGUUAUAGAGCAAACCAGAUUACUGGCAUGAAACUUAACAGGUAUGUAAGUCAGGCAAUUUACAAAAAUGACCAAUAAAAUCCCUGCUGAAAAAUCCAGCUUAAACCAGCCUAGGCUGGUUAGCUGGUCAACCAGGCUGGUUUUAGAGGGGUUUUGGCCACUUCCAGGCUGGUUUCCAGCCAUUUCCAGCCUGGUCUUAGCUGGUCAGGCUGGGAGACGACCAGCUAAAACCAGCUUGACCAGCCUAGUCAGGCUGGGAGCCUAAACCAGCUAUGUCCAGCUUAAGCCAGGCUGGUCAAGCUGGUUUUAGCUGGAUUUAACUGGUCAUUUUCCAGCCUGACCAGCUAAGACCAGGUUGGAAAUAGCUGGAAAUGGCCAAAACCCCUCUAAAACCAGGCUGGUCAACCAGCUAAAACCAGCCAACCAGCCUAGGCUGGUUUAAGCUGGAUUUUUCAGCAGGGAAGUCCGUUACUGAUACUCUGCUGGCUGAUUUGCAUGUUGAUUCUAAUCACGAGCCGUUUGUGUUUCAUUUAGUGUGUUGUAUUCACCACGGUUUGUGUUUUUCUGUCAUUUCAAAAUGUCAAUUUAUUUUCACUUUGUCACAGUUAUUAAAUCAGUAUGCUAGUGGCACAGUACAGGUGACUAGCGAUGAUGAUGCUUCAUUUAAUCAGCAGAAGAUGCCGUCUGACAACGAGGGGAAAAUGCCUCAGCAGUUUUUUCCAUCUGAUUAAAUCACGUUUUUUAAAAUGAUCAGUCCAGGAGGUGGCGCUGAUCGACAACAGUAUCAGUUUAAAGAUCAUAAAAGCAGGUAAAACAGACUA